CGCUCCCACAAGGCGCCGCGGCCGCCGCGCGCGAGUUCCGGGCGGGGCGCUGCCCGCGCCCGUAGCAACCGGAGCGUUCGCGGUAUCCACGGCGCCAUGGCAAAAGCAACAACCAUCAAAGAAGCUCUAGCCAGAUGGGAAGAGAAAAGUGGCCAGAAGGCUUCAGAGGCAAAAGAAGUGAAACUGUACGGGCAGGUUCCUCCUGUGGAAAAGAUGGAUAGCGCUCUCUCCGCACUUGUUAACUGCGAGAAACUAUCACUGUCUACAAACUGCAUUGACAGAAUCGCCAACUUGAACAACCUAAAAAACUUGAGGAUUCUGUCUUUGGGAAGAAAUAACAUAAAGAACUUGAAUGGAUUGGAGGCAGUUGCUGAAACUUUAGAGGAACUGUGGAUCUCAUACAACUUAAUUGAGAAACUGAGGGGUAUCCGUGUAAUGAAGAAACUGAAGGUUCUUUAUAUGUCAAAUAAUUUGGUGAAAGACUGGGCAGAGUUUGUGAGACUGGCAGAGCUGCCAGUACUAGAGGAGCUGGUGUUUGUAGGCAAUCCACUACAAGAGAAAUUUGCUGCUGAUCAGAGCAGUUGGAUUGAAGAAGCAACCAAACGGGUACCCAACCUGAAAAAGCUGGAUGGUACCUUAGUUGUUAAAGGAGAAGAGGAAGAAGGAGCGGAAGGAGCAGAAGGAGCAGAAGAAGCAGAAGGAGCAGAAGGAGCAGAAGGAGGAAACUGAUGACACUUUCUUAUUGCGUAUUAAAUUAUUAAAGUAUCUCCAGAUAGCUUUGCACAUAAACUUUUAUAAAAGUAUUUGUUUUGAAGGAAAUCUUUGGGCAGUUUUUAAAAGACCAGCUUAUCUCUCCACAGUCUCUCACCCAAAGAGUUAGUUACCAAAAAUUGCUCCCACUGGUUUUGUCAAGCUUAUGACACCUUCUGUAGAGACUAGUGGAGCUGAGUUUACCUGCUGUUUGGCUAGCAAGAGAUUUUUAUUUAAAUUGAUACAUAGCUAUUUUUAAUUCCUGAUUAGUGGUGCUUUUUGUUCACUCUUGGGUUAUUGGUGCUGCUGGCCAAUAUUGAAUUGGAAAGUCUGAGGCCAGAAGAACAAUGUUGUGGUUUAGAGACACCUGAUGAGCUUUGUUGUGUUUCAUUUUGUCAUGGGACUUUCUCAAUAUUUUUAAUAUGUGAUUUUGCCUGUUCAUUCCAUGAAGUAUUAUGCCAAACAGGCCCAGUGGUUGCAGACAUACGCACAAAAAACAUACUGGUCUGAUGAGUGCUUGUUCCUGGCCUUAAGUCUUGAAAUGGGCUUCUCACAUUGGAACUCAACUGCAUUGCUUAGAAGGCCAUGUCUAACUUAUAUAUUUAUUUAUUUUUAAGAGGCAGUGGGAAUUCAUUGCAUGGUUUCUGUAAGACUAAAAUACCUGCUAACUUUGGGUUUUAUCUCUUACUAAGACAUUAUAUUAGAUUGGAAUAUGUGGCCUAUUAGCUUACAGCUCUUGUCUGGCUUUGGAUUGGGUCACUGGUGGACAUAAUCCUUCUCAGCUCUGGAAUCUUCCUGUAACUAAGGAGGCUGAUAGUAACAGAGAAACUAACAUCAAACAGAAGACCUGGGCUCGAGGACAGAAAAUUUUGAUUUUGGGGAUACUAACUUUUUGUGAAAGCACAGGUAUAAGCAGUGAGAGAAAGUAGUGGGGAUGAUGUAGUUAGUGGG